GCCGGGCCCUCCGUCCGCACGGCACCGACCUGCCCGGCACCGACUACCCGGGUGAAGAGGCACAGAGAGGAGCUGCGCCCGCUCCCGCUGCGGCCACGGGGACAGUGACACGGCCCAGGUGCCCAGCCAGCCCUGGCAUCCAAGAUGUCCUUGAAGGUGCAGACCAGCAACAUCACCAACAAGAAUGACCCCAAGUCCAUCAACUCGCGGGUGUUCAUCGGCAACCUGAACACGGCGGUGGUGAAGAAGUCGGAUGUGGAGACCAUCUUCUCCAAGUACGGCCGCGUGGUCGGCUGCUCCGUGCACAAGGGCUACGCCUUCGUGCAGUACUCCAACGAGCGGCACGCGCGCGCCGCCGUGCUGGGCGAGAACGGCCGCGUGCUGGCCGGCCAGAGCCUGGACAUCAACAUGGCCGGGGAGCCCAAACCCAACAGACCCAAAGGGCUGAAGAGAGCAGCCUCUGCCUUGUACAGUGGCUACGACUUCGACUAUGACUAUUACAGAGACGACUUCUACGACAGGAUUUUCGAGUACCGGGGCCGGGUGUCGCCGGUGCCGCGGGUGGUGCCGGUGAAGCGGCCGCGCGUCUCCAUCCCGCUGGUGCGGCGCGUCAAGGCCUCGCUGCCCGUCAAGCUGUUCGCCAGGUCGGCCAUUGCCAACAGCUCGGCCAAGAUCAAGUUGAAGAGCAGCGAGCUGCAGACAAUCAAAACGGAGCUGACACAGAUCAAAUCCAACAUCGAUGCUCUCCUGGGCCGGCUGGAGCAGAUUGCUGAGGAGCAGAAGCUGUCUGCAGAGGCCCGGAAGAAGGUGGAGAGCAGCAAGAGUGAGGUGUCCCAGGAGGACACAGCCUCCGAGGCCGAGGCCACCGCGGAGGAGCCGCUCAAUGGGGACGAGGGCGAGGAGGAGGGGCUGGCACGGGAGGAGUGUGAAGAUGAACUGGAGAACAGCCAUUACACAGACGUGGAGGAUGCCAGGCUACAGUAACCAGCUGUGAGCAACAGUGAGAGGAAAGCACGAGGCUGAACCCUGUCCUGGCACGUUGAGCAAGGCAAGCUGAAUGGAAGUGCUGCUGUCAUCUCUACCUGGCAUUCAAAGGAGAAACAUGGCCCAACAUCUUCCAUCCAUCUGUAAAGCAAAGGCAAAGAAAACUCAUCCUCCCAGCAGAUCCCCACCACCCCUGCCAUGGAUUUGGAGCUCUGCAGCCAGCAGAGGAGCUCUGCACAGCCCAGAGCCACCACAGAGAGCAGGUGUGUCCCCAGGGCAGCCAGAGGUGUUCUAGAGCUGCUUGCAGGAGAGCAGAGAGAGCUCAGCCCAGCCCAAUAAAGACAUUUUUCCUGUGUGAGGUGAGAGCCAGAGCAUUUCCUACUGAGGGAAGAGAAGUGUGUCAGUCUGGACAGUUUGUGUUCUUGUGCUGAAGGUGCUGUUGGUCAGAGGCUGUGGGGGAGCUGUCCUCCAGCUCAGCCACCUCCUGCCACCUCUCUGUGCCCCAUCAGCUGCUGUGUGUCCACAGUCACCUCCAGGUGCAAAGGAGUCGCUGCUGGAGCAGCUGCUGUGCUCUGGGAAGCUGCUUGAGGAGGGAAGGGGAGAGGAAGCUGCAGGAAAUCCAGUGAUCCCAAGCAGGAGAGAGCAAGCAGGCACCACCACCCUGAGUGGUUUGGUGUCCUCAUUCUCCACCGUGUCAGGGCUGAGCAACCCUCAGCAGAGUGAGGGCCGUGGAUGAGACCCUUUCCUUGGACCAGCUGCUCCUGGAAGGGAUGUGGAGCACCCAUCUCCUACAGCCUGGAGCCAGAGACCCUCCCUGGCUGCCCACACCUCCUCCUGCCCCAGGCAGGGCACGUCAGGAGCGUGGUGUGACCUCCCUGCUCCUGCCUGAGCUCCGUGGUGACAGCGUGCCCGAGGCUGGGCACAGGGAAUGCCCUGGGCACUGUGGCUGUGCAGCACCUCCCCAGCCCCCAGCUGCUGUGCCCUGCCCCUGCUGCGGGCAGAGGGCUCCUCCUGGGACCCCCACAGCCGGGAGGCCUCUCCCGUUCUCUCCUCCUUUGUCCUUCCUGGGCUCCUCCCGUUUUUCUCUCCUCCUUUGUCCUUCCUGAGCUCCUCCCGUUUUUCUCUCUUCUUUGUCCUUCCUGGGCUCCUCCCGUUUUCCCGGGGGCUGAACCUCACCCAGCACUUUACUCACACCUGGUGUGUCCUGCCUGCCCCUUCCCCUCCAGGUCCCACACACACAGCAGUGCUUGGAACCCAGAGCAGAGUCCACACCUUCCCCCUGGCCAGUCACAACACCUGGGUGGUGCUGAGUGCUCCAACCUCAUCCACAGCAUCUCUUGGAAGGGUGAAGGGAAAGCAGCUCCAGGGGUGACACUUCCCUGCCCCUGGGGCCAUCCUGGAGCACGCUUGGCUCUUGAAGCACAAAGUUUUCUUUGCAUUUCUUAGUUUGGGCUGCUUGAGGAGGGGUUGGAGGGAGCCCCGUGCUUGCCCUGCCCUUGCCCAGUUCCUGUGCAAGGUCUGCACUGAGUUUUCCUGAGCUGUUCUCCAGGCCUGGAGAGAUGAGCUGCAGGCUUGGCUGUGAACUGACUGUGCUGCUGCUGUUUGGGAGAGGUGACCUUGUACAUACAAUCCUGUAUAAUAAAAGAAAGAAAUCUAA